UAACCCAUCUCCUUACGAUUUAGGGAUACAAAGGCAAGUCCGUCGAGAAGAAGCGGUUAAAGUAGAGAUGGGUAGGGUGAUCUUUAGCGCGCUGCUGCAGCUUCUAUGCCUCUCCAGUGUAGCAGUGUGGACGGUCCGGGGUGAAGACCCUUAUUUCUUCUUCGUUUGGAACGUCUCCUACGGCACCAUCUCUCCCUUGGGCGUUCCCCAGCAAGCCAUUCUCAUCAAUGGCCAAUUCCCCGGACCUAAUAUCAACUCCACCUCCAACAAUAACGUUAUCGUUAACGUCUUCAACAACCUGGACGAGCCCUUCCUUCUUCAUUGGAACGGUAUUCAACACAGAAAGAACUCGUGGCAAGAUGGACAACUUGGAACCAAUUGCCCAAUCCCCCCCGGGACCAACUACACUUACCGUUUCCAAGUUAAGGACCAAAUUGGAAGUUUCUUCUACUACCCAUCAAUUGGCCUGCACAGGGCAGCAGGAGCAUUCGGCGGCCUCCGUAUUAACAGUCGCUUACUCAUUCCUGUCCCUUACGCUGACCCUGAAGAUGACUACACUGUCCUUAUUGGUGACUGGUAUACCAAGAGCCACACCACUCUUAGGAAGAUCUUGGAUAGCGGUGGCCGCUCCAUUGCUAGGCCCAACGGUGUCCUCAUCAAUGGCAAGAUUGCGAAGGGGGACGGAACCGAUGAGCCACUGUUCACCAUGAAGCCUGGAAAGACCUACAAGUAUCGAAUUUGCAACGUGGGACUCAAGGCAUCUCUCAACCUUAGAUUCCAAGGCCACAGCAUGAAAUUAGUGGAGAUGGAAGGUUCUCAUACCGUUCAAAACGAGUACCAAUCACUGGACGUCCACGUGGGGCAAUGCUUUUCGGUGCUAGUCACGGCCGACCAAGAGCCCAAGGACUAUUACCUAGUUGCAUCCACUAGGUUCAUUAAGAAUGUUCUGGUUGGUAAGGGCAUUAUUCGAUACACCAAUGGCAAGGGUCCCGCCUCUCCUGAAAUUCCAGAGGCUCCCACUGGUUGGAUUUGGUCUCUCAAUCAGUUUCGUUCCUUCCGCUGGAACCUUACUGCUAGUGCUGCAAGGCCUAACCCCCAAGGCUCCUACAGGUAUGGUUCCAUCAACAUUACGCGUACCAUCAAGCUAUUCAAUUCAGUUAGUAAGGUGGAUGGUAAGUUGCGUUAUGCCAUUAACGGCGUCUCUCACAUUGAUCCUGAAACUCCAUUGAAACAUGCGGAGUACUUUGGAGUUGGUGAUAAGGUCUUCAAAUACAAUAUCAUUUCGGAUGAGGGACCACCUGAAGGCUCGACCUCAAUCACUCUUGCUCCCAAUGUUGUCAAUGUAACCUUCCGAAACUUCGUAGAGAUCAUUUUUGAGAAUCGUGAGAAGAGUAUACAAUCAUGGCAUUUGGAUGGCUACUCUUUCUUUGCGGUUGCCAUCGAGCCUGGGAGAUGGUCUCCAGAGAAACGAUCCAACUACAAUCUUCUAGAUGCAGUGAGCAGACAUACAAUUCAAGUGUACCCUAAUUCAUGGGCAGCCAUUUUCCUUACAUUCGAUAAUGCUGGAAUGUGGAAUUUGAGGUCUGAGUUGAUAGAAGACCGUUACUUAGGACAGCAACUUUACAUCAGUGUUCUUUCACCAGCUCUCUCCCUUAGAGAUGAGUACAACAUCCCAGAUAACGUUUUGCUUUGUGGUUUGGUGAAGGGCAUGCCAUUGCCCAAGCCAUAUUCUAUUUGAGACUGUUCAUCUACCCAGCAGGACCUGCACACCACCGAUUAGUUUGGAGAAGCCUNUUUUUUUUUUUUUUUUUUUUUUUGAAAUAAAACACAUUCAUUUUGCAUCAAUUAGGGCUUCCAUAUUUGGAAACAUGCUUGAUUCAAUUGUAAACAUCUUGAAAUCCCAAAAUUUUGUUGGGAUCU